GAGGUCGAAGUUGUUGUUUUUGCUUACAUUGUAGCUGUGGAUCAAUGUCCGGUGAUACCAGAGUCUCUGGUCCCGGAAUAAAGACACAUAUUGUGCCAAUGAUCGUGUACGGAUCUCUCAUGUAGUUGAGGCUGUUGUUGAUGAAGGAAUGGAGGUGGUGGACUGUCCUCUCAACCUCGCCCAUCAACAGUGUCGGAAAGCGGACCGCUUACUGGCCGCAGGGAAGUUUGAAGAUGCCAUCUCCUGCCACAGAAAAGCUGCAGAACUUCUCAAGGAGGCCAUGAAGCUGACAGAGUGUGAACAGGCUUGCCUGUCUCUGGAGCUCCAGAGGGAAAGUCACGUGAAGCAGCAGAUGCUGAUCGAGGAGCGAUGGAAGCAAGCAAAACGAGAGGACAAGCCCAGGACCCUCCAGCACGUCCCUUCCUCAGACCAGACCCCUCGCCGCCACCUCCAGUCGGGCACACCUGCUCUAGACAUACCCCAAGCAUCUGAUCGUGAAUCCGACACCUGGCUGUACCUCCUGAAGAACAAAAGCACCACCCUAGAGCCAUGCUCUGGCAGUAAAGCACAGAAAGAUGAUAAAACUCGUUUGGAAGAGCAGCAGACCACCAUCAAGGACCUGCGCAAACUUGUGGACCGUCUGGUGUCCGAGAACGAGCGUCUGAAACAGGAGAAUGAGAAUUUGCGUGCAGAGAACUCACGGCUGAAGAAAGAGCCCUAUGUCGAUGCAGACUUCGUGGACAGGUCAGAGCUGUGGGUUCUUCCGCAGCCAGGUGAGGAGCGCAAGGCCAAGGACAUUCCCAUCCCCCAGCUUCCCCCGCUGGAGAUGCCCACCCAGGAGAUCCCUCUGGAGGACCUUCCAGGCCUGGAGCUUCCUGAGGACAUCCAGCAAGAGUUGCAGGAGUUAUUGGAUGGAGAGAAGCUGUGAUCGCUCAUUCUCAAAACAUGCACCAAAGGGGACUUCGUACACCAUUUCGUGCCAGUGAACACACAUUAGAAGCAUUCGCCGAUCACAACCCGCCGAUAUGACCGGGGCUUUCGGUAAAGCAACUCAGCGGCAUAAAUGACAGUUUACACAGCCGCCUGCACGUUUGGUUCUCUCCUCUUCUCAGUGGCGCCAUCGAGCUAUUAGAUAUAAUUACAUAAAUAAAUAAAAACAAAGAAAACUACUCUUUUUGAAGUAAUUGUGCCUUUCUGACAUGUUUUUGUUAUGAAGUUUAUGUGAAACGGGAGACAAACAGACUCCCUACCAGACACCGCGUUAAAAGUCUUUACAUACAGAUUGUUUCCACAUCUGACCUUUAUCAGCAGCUGAAUUCUCCCCUUUCAAAAUCCCUCUUUGAACAAAAAAAAAAAUUGUUUUCAUUUUUUUCCCACAUGCACACUUAACAAGGGGCAUUGAACACUGUGAAAUACAUGUGUGUUUUGUGCAGCACCUUUGCUGGUUGAUUAGCACUACUGAUGGUAAUGUGAGAUUUCGGGAAUAGAGGAAAGCCCAGAGGCAUCAAUACAAUUAGAUAUGCAUUCUGUUUUCAUACACAGAUAACCAGCUUGCAGCAGUAAACGCUUGUUUUGCCUUAUUGCGAAAGUGUAGACUAAUAUGAAGCCUGGUCCUGAUGUCAUCACUAUCAGAUUUCCACCCUGGACGACACACAGUGGCUUUGUACAGUAGAAACUGUGAACUAUAGAAUAAUAUUGUAUUAUUUAUAUAGGAUAAGGGACUUUAGGACUGAACAAACCAUUUCAUUGCAGAUGUGGUGAAGAGAGUAUAAAGUAUAAGCAAUAAUCAUGUUAAGUGCUACAGUAUCACUUCAUUGAAAUGGCAAUGCAGCUUCUUCAUUUUCAUUUUUUGUUUGUCUAUAUUUGAAGUUUUGUCCUUUAAAUUCUUGCUUAGCUCUGUCAUUAUUCAUGUUGUCUCUGUUCAAUGGCUACACUACAGCAAAAUCCCAGAUCCAAUGCCAACAUAACAGGAAUGGAUGUACAGGAUCUGUAAGCCUUCAUCCCUUUUCCACUUCAGGACCUGUGUGAACUCAAAGUAUGUUGAGUUUUUCUUUUUCAAGAUGAAUUUGUACUGUAACCAGUCAUGGAUCAUCUGAUCACAAUGUUAAUAUUUUCAGGUUACUGAUUGCACAAUUAUACCAUGUCUAACAAUAAACCAGGUUCAUUCCUCAUACCAAUCACAUGUGCACCAACAUGUGCCAGAUGUACUUGGAAAGUAAAGGCUUUUUAAUGCGACACAGAAAUCUUUCAUUUUUGUGUCACAAAGAGGGAACCAAGUUUGCAUUUUUGGUGUCUUAUUUUGUUUCUUUUAUUUCAGUUUUCAAUUGUUUACCACAGUUAUCAGGGUGAAUCAGUUUUCACAAGUUUUUUGAUGUUGUUAAUUUAAAAAACAAAUCUGUGUGAUGUAAAAAAUAAUCAGAAAUCAUUUGAUGAAAGUGUUUUGAUGCAUGAAUGACUAGCUGUAAGUAUAUUAUUGUUAAGAUAUUAACAACAAGACUUUAUGUAUAAUUAUUUUGUGAGAUUACAUGUUCAGACAAGCAUUAAAGAUUUUAACAAGUGAAGGCACAA